AUGUCUCAGCCUGCCAGCACAGUUUCGAAAUGCAUGACAACUCAAGCUAAAAAUGCUACUCAGCAUCCAGGACAUUAUAUGACUGGGGGUGAAGGUCGUGCAAAGAGACGUACCAAAGCUCAAAAGUCCGCUGACGACCAGCGUGAAAAAGAAGCAAAGGAGGCAAGUGAAACAGCUGUGCAAGAAAGGCAUAAGCGCAUUGCCACAUUUCAGAAACAGAUGGAGACCAACCAAGCUGCAAUGUGUGCUGAUGCACCCAAGCCUAGUCAUCCUCGUCCACACCCAGUAAAAAAGGGUGUGAAAGCCUCAGACACCUCCAACAUGACUACGGUGUGUGGUCAGGAAGGUGCAGGAAUUGUCGCCGAUAAGGCUGUUGGUGCCAAAGUCAAGGGCGGCAGGGCUACAUAUAGACUGCUAUACAGACUCCAUAGCCCUAUAGCUCGUAUAGCCAAGUGCCCAAUUGUGCAGGCUUACUACACCAGUGUAUAG